GAUUGACGUCGGUAAUUCGUUUGAUCAAUAAUCGAUCAUAGUCGAACUGUACUUUACAUACCUUGAUCCUGUAUCAAAGAAUAAAAUAACUAUUAUUGUUUACGAUCCAGUCUGAAUAGAGAUCUCAAAUUAUUUUGUCUCAAUUUUAUUCAGAACUAUAUAGUAUAAAAGUGAAACACUUUUUACGAAGUUUACCGUUAUAAAAAUAUAUAUUAGCCAUAAUUAUCUUUAAAAAAAAGUACCAAAACAGAGGACUACUGCAUUAUGAUUUUUAAUAAAUUUAGAUAUUUAAAUUUCAUUCAAAUGUUCAUACAUUGCAGAUCAGGAUAUUGUAGGAAAAAAGUAACACAGUUUCAUAACAUCAGAACACAAAUAUUUGUACUAUCUGGAUUAGGUAUCCUAUGGCCAGCAAAAAAAAUUAGUGGCAAAACUUCAGGAAACAAAAUAGAACCUCCAGCAGAACUUGAAAAGGCAGAUAUAUUGUUUGAAAAUGGUCACCUUGAGGAAUGUUAUGAUUUACUUGCGUAUUACAAGGAUAACAAUGUGGAUGUACAAUGGCGCAUAUGUCGUGUUCUCUACAACAUGUCCAAAGAGACUAAGUAUGACAAAACAUAUAGAAAAGAACUAAUAAUGCAAGCAUAUAACAUAAUAUCAGAGCAGAUAGUAAAUAAUCAAGCACAUUUUGAAGUACAGAAAUGGUAUGCCCUGUUAUUAGAUGCGAAAAGCUCAUAUGAUGGCAUAAAAGAAAGAAUAAGACAACUGGAAAAUGUUAAGAAACAUAUGGAUCUGGCUGUUACACUGAAACCAAAUGACGCAACUACAUUACACAUGUUGGGAGAAUGGUGUUAUCAAGUCACAGAACUUCCAUGGCAUCAGCGUAAGAUAGCAGAAACAUUCUUUGCAUCACCACCCCAAUCUACUUAUGAAGAUGCUCUUGAAUAUUUUUUGAGAGCAGAAACAGCACAACCGCGUUUUUACAGUUUGAAUUUGCUCCGAUUGGGUGAUUGUUACUUAAAAUUGAAUAAAGAAGAUCAAGCCAAAUAUUACCUUAAGUUAGCUGCUAGUUAUCCAGCUAAAUCAAAUGAUGAUCACCGUGCUAAUAAAGAAGCAGCUGAAUUGUUAAAGAAAAUCAAAAUAUAAAUAUUUUAGAUGUGCAAAUAAUAAAUUAACUAAUUGAGAUAUUGCUACCAAGAUUCACUUUCAUGAGUGUUGGUAUAUUUCAACAACCACAUGUACCAAUACAAAUUUAUACAAAAUUCUUGGGGAAACACAAUAAUACUGUAGGCUGGUAAUAUAUUUAUAUUUCAAAUGUUAAAAUAUUGUUUCAAAUAGCUAAAGCCAUUCCAGAGAUUGUCCUCCACUUAACUACUCAAAUACGUGGUUUCGAGUUCGAGACACCUAUUAUACUGCCGUAUUUAUAAAAAUAGUUAUAAAUAAUAAUGUAUUUUUUAUUAAUAUUAUAUUUUAUAUCUAAUACUGAUGUGCAAUUAUUUGUGCACUAAAGAAGCAGCCACAGUCUGUGAAAUUAAUUUAGUAUAGAAUGAUGUUAGAGGAUUUCUAGAAUUUAAUAAAAAUAACUUAUAAAUUAUUACCCUCAGUGUUGUUCUCAGAGAAUGUAAUCCAGAUCUUGGAAUCUCGAAAAAUACUUUAAUAUUACAAAUAUUACUACUACUAACUAGAGAAUUAGUCAUAUAAAAUUACGUGUCUCAGACAAUUCAAUAAACAUUUUAGCGCCUUAUUGAACGGACUGAUUUCAAUGCAUUUUAUUAUUUUUUUUAUAGCAUAGAUGGCAAAAUUAUAUACUAUAAUUUAAUAGGAUUUUACAGAUUUUUAAAAAAUAUUAUAUGAUACUAGCUGUCCCGGUAAACGUUGUUUUGCCAUAUAAAUUAAUAACGCUAUAAAAAAAUGGGGGUUGAUGAUAGAAGGGUGAAAAUUUAGGAUUGUAUGUAUUUUUGUAUGUUGUAUCAGAAAAAAAAUAGAAACUAAAAAUUUUGUCAAAAAAAUAAAAAAAUUAGGGGUAGACUACCCCUAACAAUUAGGGGGAUGAAAAAUAGAUGUUGGCCGAUUCUCAGACCUACUCAAUACGCUCACAAAAUUUCAUGAGAAUCGGUCAAGCCGUUUCGGGGGAGUAUGGGAACGAAAACUGUGACACGAGAAUUUUAUAUAUAAGAUAUACAGAAAUAAAGACUAGACAAUAUUAUCGCACCCUUCGAGAAAAGGUUUACAGUAGGUUUUAUAGUAUAUUAAAAAAAUAUGUAAUUGUUAGCUCAUUGGG